UGUGACGGUGCGAAUGUGAGCUCUCUUGUGUGCUGUAGACUCGACGUUGACGGUGGUUUUAAGAUCCUUAGCGAGCACCUUGCAUAUAGUAGACCUGAUCGUCAGUUCAUCCGCAUUGGAAGUUCCAAUGAGAAUUGAUAUUACCAAGAGGCUAUCAAUGAUCUAGAGGGGAAAAUUCCACAAAGCCAGUGGAUACAGUUGUCGUGCAGAAUGUGCUAUCACUCGAUUCUACUUCUCCUUGCUUUUGACUGACAGGCUCACAGGCUGUCGCAGCCAUGAAAAUUUCCAGUGCUAGGGCGCCAAUCUUGUUUCUAUUUCCCACCCACCAGUGUUGCUGUGUGCUUGUUAUUGGCGUAUCAGCAUGGCCUGAAAGUUUUGAUAUGCUAUGGCAUCAGCUUUUAGCAUUCAACUUUCUUCGUUGGUCACUUUUGCUCCAGAUACGUGAACAGUUGCUAUUAACAUUGUACGGGACAACACGGAGACCACCUCUCUUCAUCCAUGGUCUCAACUAUUCUAAUUUCUCAAGUACAUACUCGUCCAAGGCUUCACUCACUUUUCCGAAGCACACAACCUUUCGUCAUCGACCAUUUUUGCCUCGAUUGAGCUUCGAUCACCUGUGAGUUUAUGAUGGCCAAGCCUGGUGACGCCGUG